AUGGCACCUCCACAAGGACAGGCGACAUAUAAAAAGCAGUCUGGAACGUUAGCGAUAUCGAAGGAUAGAAAAUCCGUAUCAUGGACGCCUGCUCAACCUCCAGAUGCGACUCCAAGUCUGGUGUUAUCCGCAGCAAACAUCACCAAUCUGCAGCAGACUCCAGAGUCGAACCCCAAGGUUAUGCUGAAGGUCUUUGCGCAAAACCCGGGGCAAACUGAAGCCACCGCUCAUGUGUUCACAUUUACCUCCUCGAAAGACCCUCGAGGUGAGGCCAACGGCAUCAAGGAUGCUUUAGCGAACGUCAUUCAGGCGCAGAAGGCGGCUCAAAAUGCUGCAACGACUUCAUCAGGCGGCCAAUCGGCCGCCAUGACAAUAGCGAACGCGAUCUCAGGUGGUGGCCGAUCGGGCAAUCUCUGGGAAGACGAGGAACUUCUGAAGUCGGACAACAGACUCCAGCAGUCUCUGCUACAGGCAAAUCCAGAGCUGGCAAGGACCUACAAGGAGGCGCUCAGUCUGAAGCCAGACUCGCUCUCCAAAGAACAGUUUACACAUCAGUUCUGGUCAUCUCGGGUGCAUCUGCUCCGAGCCCAGGCAAUUUCGAAGUCACAGGAGAAGGGCACUUUCAAUGUCCUUGCCGGCAUCAACAAAGGCGAGUCCAAGCUGAGCCUUAGACAAGACCAGAUCCGCGCCAUCUUCGAGCAAUACCCUAUCAUGCGAAUCGUCUACGAUGACUUGGUGCCCCGCAAGAUCCCCAGCGAGGCGGACUUCUGGUCAAAGUUCUUCCAAAGCCAGCUGCACCUGAAGCUGCGUGGUCUCAAGAUAGACCCCACAAGAGACGCAAAAGACGAACACAUCGACGUUGAAAGGUACCUCAAUCAUCCGCUGGUGACGGGUCUCCGGGCCACUGCCGCCGAGCUGCACAUUCCCAAGUUUAUAGACCUCGAGGGCAACGAGGAGAACCACUACGGCUAUGGCAACCGUCCUGAGUUCGACCUUCGGCCCUCCAACCUGGACAAAGCGCCCGUGAUCCGCAAACUCAACGCCAUCAGCGAGAAGCUCAUGGCGGCAGUGAAGCCAUCCGACGUCGAUGCGUCAGCGCCCAUCGGCAUGGUCGAGACCACGUACGAGCAGCUCAAGCUGCGCGAUCUCGAAGGCACCUCCGAGCAGAACCGCGUCAUCCUCAACAUUCGCGAUCAAAGCCGCUUCUUCUCCGACAACCAGUCCGGCCAACAAGGCGAGGGCGACAGCGCCAAUCCAUUUCGGGACCUCGACCCUGCAGAAGCCGUCAAAGACGUCUGCAGCGACAUCUCGGCUCAUUUCGCCCAGCCUGGAGUGGGCGCCAUCCCGAUCGCUGAAUUCGAAGAAGAUGAAGAAGACAACGAAGAAAUGGAUGACGACAGCUCCUCCCCCAAGGCAGACUCUGGCUCGUCAAUCGCGACAAAACAUAUCCUUUCCCUCAUCCGUGCGAACCGCAACCAAACAGCCCCGGUCCCUGAAUCCUCUAACCUAAGCCCCGCCAUUUAUGACCGACUAACGCUCACGCACGCCACAACAGUAGAAUUCCUCCGGCAGUUCUGGAAUGCCUUCCUCUCAGGCGACGCGGCGCGGGCCAACGAAGUAGCCAGUCUCGUGGAGUCGCUGAAUCGCGCUCUCGAUCGCAUCAACGUCAUCGCCGAGGAUGCGGAGAAGGAACGACAGCUCGAGAUCAAGAAGAAACAGCAGGAGUUACAGACACGGUACGAAAGGACCGGCCGGAAACGGACGCUCAAGAACGAGGAUAUCAAGAGCGGUGGAAGCCAUGUGGUCAGAGAGCUACUCGGGCCCGCGACGAAGAGUUUGGGCGUCGCCGUUCGACGGUAUAAGCAGGCGUUUGAGGAGCAGAUGAAGAACACGGGAGAGGGGUGA